AUGAGAGCCAACUACGGCCAGCGUUUACUGGUCACGACACUCGAAGAAAAAUCACGCUCUCAACCGGAGCAGGCGUUUUGCUUGCUUCCUCGGUCCGCUAACCUGCAAGAUGGAUUCUAUGAAGUGACUUAUAAGCAGAUACAGAUGUCUGUUGAUUAUACGACCCAGUGGCUUCAGAACAACUUGGGCCCAUUCUCUCCUAACGAAACGAUAGCUUAUAUGGGACUACCGGAUCUGAGAUACAAUAUAUUCUUUUAUGCUGCAAUUAAACUUCACCUCAAGGUGUUUCUUCCCUCGCCCCGGAAUGCCCCUACAACAAAUGCAUCGCUUUUCGAACAGACCCAAUGUACCAAGCUGUGCUAUUCGGUAGACUCGCCAGGCAUCGUGGCUAGUUGUGAAGCAGUGCUUAAAGUAGCCAAGGCGUUACGUUCUUUCGAGUUUCUCUCACUUGAUGAGCUUUUGAGUGCCCAGUGCGAMCCCCUGCCGUAUUUGGGCGACUUUGCCCAACUCCGCGAUGAGCCUAUUGUCAUCUUGCAUUCUUCGGGGUCGACAGGAAUACCCAAGCCAGUCACACUGACUAAUGGGAGCAUCGCUUGUACCGACAAUGAUCGCAACUUUCCGACUGUCUCCGGUCGACGCAAUCAGGAUUUGACAAUGUGGGACUUCCCACCAGGCAGUUAUAUCUAUGUGCCAUUUCCGCCGUUUCAUAUGGGAGGCUUCACGUUUAACACAAUGGUUCCCAUUUUUACUGACACAGUGCCAAUAUUUGGGCCUGCAACGAGAAUACCAAGCGGUGGACUGGUGGCUCAGAUUUUACGCUGCCUGAAAGUCUCAGGGUGCCUUCUACCUCCAAAUAUCGUGGCUGAUCUUUACAAUGAGCCAGAUGGGCCGGAAUUGCUCAAAAGACUUAGUUUACUCUGUUAUACUGGUGGUCCAUUGCCCGAAGCAAUUGGAAACGAGCUUAUCCAACACGCUACGGUGUGUCAAUUCUAUGGCUCUACUGAGACCGGUCAGAUACGACAGCUUCUUCCGCAAAAAGAAAACUGGCAUUACUUGGAGUUUCAUCCUUCGGAAAACCUUGAACUACAGGCAUUAGGGGAUGGCACUUUUGAGCUUGUUGUUAACACCAACGAUGAGACAGCGACAUUUUCACAAUUCAACCACAACUUUCCUGGUGUUCGGGAGUAUCGAACCAAGGACUUGUUUCUUCCUCACCCAACCAAGCCCGGUCUGUGGAAAUUUUAUUCUCGCAAAGACGAUAUCAUUGUUCUUCUUACAGGAGAGAAGUUCAAUCCGGUUCCACUAGAACUCGGACUUCAAGCCAUUCCUGGUGUUUCCGGGGCCUUGAUUGCUGGAGAUGGGCAGCCACGAGUUGCCCUAAUCAUCGAGCUGCAAUCGGAUCAUAAUUUCGGUCCUGAUCCAGAAGAUGCUCUUUGGCCUAGUAUCCAAGGCUUAAACGCGAACACCGCUGGCCCAGGUCGGGUAACCCGGUCAAUGAUAAUGAUUGCUAAGAAGGAUAAGCCCUUUGUCCGCGCUGGUAAGGGCACCAUCGUGCGCAAGUUGACUUUGCAAGCGUAUGAAGAAGAGCUGAAUAAGUUAUUCGAGGGCAGUCCCAAAAAGUCGAUGCCGUCAGUUUUAUUGAACCCAACUGCAUUUCGUCUAGACGAUGUGAAGGCUUUGCUGCGUUCCAUCAUCGAGAAUACUCUAGAUGGGGCGGUGGUUGACGAAUCGAUAAACCUGUACACUCAGGGCUUAGAUUCAGUAAGAUCCAUUGAAGCAGUCAACCAGUUAAAAUCGGCCCUAGAAUCGCUUAGUCUAGGGAGACCUUUGACUUGGAUAACACUUGAGUUGAUCUAUAAUCACUCAUCUCUCAACGAACUAGCUACGGUGCUACUGAAUUGGUUAAACGAUGGCACAUAUCCUGAGAGCAUUGAUAAGGUUUCCAGAACGCAAAGUCUCCUCAGCUAUUACGAAAAGUCUCUACCAAUCAAGUCCGGCGUCUUGCGAACAUGGGGUGUGAAUCUCGAGAGGAAGUUAAAUAUUGCGCUUAUUGGCUCGACAGGCUACCUGGGKCAGUACAUGCUCUUGUCGCUUGUGCAAGACCCUGAAAUUGGAAGGAUUACUUGCUUGAACCGUAGCCCCAGGGCACAAGAGACAUGGGAAGAUCAUUAUUCUACAAAGCAAGCAUUCAAAAACAAGGAGUGGCUUKAUAAGAUAACAUUCCGUCAGAUUGAUUUUACAAAGCCUAAAUUUGGGCUUGGUGAUAGUCUCUAUAAUGAUUUGAAGAAAGAAUGUGACUUAAUUAUCCAUUCUGCCUGGCAGGUCAAUUUUGUGCUUCCUGUCGGCUCGUUCAAGGACAGCUUCAGUGGCCUUAUGAACACCAUUGAACUCGCAGCAGCUUCAGAACGAAAUGCACGCAUUCUUUUCGUUUCUUCUGUGGCAGCAUCUGGGAUGUUUUCUCCACAUUCAUCAAUCGAAACAAAAGUGGUGCCUGAAGAUAGAAUCACAGAUCCGAACGAAGCAAUGCACACUGGAUAUGGCGAAUCCAAACAUGUGGCCGAGAACCUCAUUUGCCUUGCCAGCGCUAAGUCCGGGAUAACUGCAAGUAUUCUACGGGUCGGACAGAUUGCACCGCCAACAGGCUCCGUUGAUCAGGUCUUAUGGUCAGAGAAAGAUGCGUUGACAGGUUUACUGAGAACGUCCAAGUCUUUGCGGAUAGUGCCGUCUGACUUGUUGGAUAUCGAUUGGCUUCCUGUGAACGAAGUGGCUAAUAUUGUCAACUCGAUACUACAUCAAGAUCGCUAUUCAAGGGAGGAUAUUCGUUUUUACAAUUUGGUACAUCCUACCCCAGUGCCAUGGUCAGAUGCUGUGCCUAUAGUUCAGAAUUGGUGUGGCCAAACCAGCAGUGCCGCAUCAUUGAAAGACUGGAUUGCGGCUGUGAACACGCGAGAGAAGGAGGAGCAGGGCAGUUUGCAUAACUUACCGUCCAUCCCCCUGUUGGGUUUCUUCGAAAUACUUACCCAAAGGGGUCCAGCGCACAAAUAUUCUCAGCAGAACCUCCUCAGCAUCAAAAAUACUGCUCUAAUCAAACCUAUUGACGCAAAUCAAUUGAAGAUUUGGCUUGAUGCACUGUCAUGA